ACGGUCACAUCCUGCCUUUGUUUUGUUUUGAAAAACCCACUGAAUCGCAUUUAAUUUAUUAAAAAACUUAACGAAAUCAUGUCCCACGCCGGCUAUAGCCAGCUGCCCAGUGGCAGCGACCAGGAGCGCAGACAGGCCCAACUCUCGGCCAGCACCUAUGACGUACUGCAGCGGACGGCGGACAGUAUCCAACGGUCCAACCAGAUCGCCAUCGAAACUGAGAAUAUGGGCACUGAGGUUCUGGGUGAACUGGGCGAGCAGAGGGAGUCGCUACUGCGCACCACUCGCCGCUUGGAGGACGCCGAUCAGGAUCUGUCCAAGUCGAGGGUCAUCAUUCGGAAAUUGGGCAGGGAAGUGCUCUACAACAAGAUUAUCCUAAUCCUCAUUAUCCUGCUGGAGCUGGGCAUUCUCGUCGGGUUGCUGGUGCUUAAGUUCGCUCACCUGUGAGCGGCAGCGAUUUUAUUCCAAAGCUAUAGCCACGAAUCGGGCGUUGGACUAUAUAUAUCUUUUAACCGUUACAACUAUAUUGCCUUAAUUACUGAUAAGUUAUGCCACAUGUAAAUAAGGGGAGUUGAUCAAAUAUAUACUCAGAAGUACAAGAUGA